AUGCAUCUCAUGUACACGCUCGACGCCUCCGGCAAGCGCAUCUACACGCUGAAGAAAGUAGUUAAUGGUGAAGUGACCAAGUCUGCGCAUCCUGCUCGGUUCUCACCGGAUGAUAAAUACUCGAGACAUCGGGUUACGUUGAAGAAGAGAUAUGGGUUGCUCAUUACGCAGCAGAAGGAUCUGAAGGUUUUGGGCCAAUAA